AUGGCGACCUCACCUAAGACGGUUUACAGGGAUGGAACAAAAUUAUGUUAUAUUCCUGGAACAAAUCCUCCUGAACCAUUUGUGUUGAUGCGAUAUAAGGAAGCCUCAGGAUUGGGCUAUUCAAAAAUAACCUUUUUCUUAGAGGUUCGAAAUGUGAUAGCAGACCUAAGAGAAGUCAUCGAGUCUGAUUCACACUCAGAUGAUAUUGAUGAUGAUGAUGAUAAUAGUUUUACCGCUACAGCGAGUCGACCAACAUUUGGUGAAAAUGAACUGGUGGAAAUAAGUCAAAAAUCCGAAAAAGAGCCAUGCGAAGUUACAAUGAUGGUGAACUGCCCAACAUGUGGUGGGAAAUACCCAUUUUCUGAAAUUGAAGAGCAUGCCGAUUUAUGUGCCGAUUAUUUUGUGGAACAACCAGAUCCACUUCCUGUGGACAAGGCAGUAACACCUACUCUCAAGGACCAAGGUAAGGGGCCGACCAUUUAACUUUUGAGGGGGGUGAUUUUGAAAAAAACUUUCCUGCAAGGCCAUUCUGAACAAAAAAAAAUACCUGCACUAACAAACUGAGGGAAAAUUUAUCCUGCCCCAUUAUUUGGUGGGAAAAAAAAUGUUGCAAAACAGCAUCGUUGCAGGGAUCGAUUUGACCAGUCCCAGAAGAUCAGCUGGUUUGAUUUUCAGGGACUAGUGUAAGGUUAAUUUCUUGUUGGAAAACUCCUCAAACUGCUGGAACUAGCUUAUCUGAGCUUCAAGAAAUCCAAAAUUUUCUGGGGGGCAUGCCCCCAGACCCGUCUAGCGGCUCCCACCUUUGGUGGUCGACUCGGUUGUCUCAGAAUCCUAGGUAUGGCCUGAAUUGCUGCCUUAUGGCGCAUUCUUAUUAGUUAAACCAUGCAUAAAUACGCUGCAGGUAGCUGCAGCAACACAGACUUGCCGACUGGAACUUCUCCAGGUCCCCCGCUAAAUAUGUCCCCUCCAGUUACACAUCCUUACCGGGAUGUAGCAACGGGGGGGGGGGGGGGGGGGCGCCCCCCCUCCCCAAUAAUUUGUUAAUAAUCUUUUUUUUUUCAAAAUCAUGCAGACCUUUAUCAUUUAAUCCAUGACAAACUGCAAAGAAUGAAAAUAUUACCCAUACUUUCCUGCAACUUAUACAAUAUAUAGUUAAUUAAAUAUGCCUUCGCCCAUUUAGUACUACUAAAUUGUAAAUUUCAACAUACUAAAACGCUCCAGUCUAGUGUCUUCAUCAGGGGUGAUCUAAAAUUGCAAUCGUGGCUUCUUAAAUACACAAGGGAUGACGUCACUUGCCAAUGAGAUGCAUACAUUCCUCUGGCAAAUAGGCACCGUCAUCCCUAUUAUGAUUACUCAUAUUUAUUUAGACAAGGGAAAAUCAGCUUCAGCCGAACAUGUAUGUUACACCAAACACGAGAUUGCGUGGGAAAACGCUAAAGUAAUUACCACAAACAAUCGCUAUGGUCAAAGACUUUGCCUAGAAGCGUGGCAUAUAAAUAUGAGUAAUCAUGCUUUGAAUAGGGAUGACGGUGCCUAUUUGCCAGAGGAAUAUAUGCAUCUCAUUGGCAAGUGACAUCAUCCCUUGGGUAUUUAAGAAGCCACGAUUGCAAUUUUAGAUCACCCCUGAUGAAGACACUAGACUGGAGUGUCGAUACGUUGGGUUUUGAUUACAAUUCGACUGGGCUUUGUAAUCAUUUAUUUAAACCAGAGUAGCGAGCGAAACAUGAUUGAUAUACCUGGUUGCAGUGAACGAACAAACUUUCAAUACUAAAACGCUGUUUUCUGACCAUCAGAAUUCUGUCAAAUCUUCUCCAAAGUCCCGGAAAUGGCAUUUCAGAGACUCUAAAUUUAAAAAUUUCCUCAGGCCCUGCCUUAAAAGAGGCCAAGCAAUGCAUGAAGCUAGAAAACUCAACGUUAACUAUAUAAUUAAAGAAUCUAAAUAGUAUAAGCUAUUGAAAAAAAAUGCUGCGAAAGAGAGUGGGAAAAAAAUUGUACAUGGUGUCGAAUAAUUAUUGGUGAAGAAUAAUUAUUGUAAACAAGUACAGUAUUGUUGAAUAGUCAACUUAACCCAUUGAGUGCCAGCACUCCCCAGGGACGCCGGAACAAUGUGAAGGCAACAGGGACAGAUUUUCAUGGAAGGGCACUUUUGAAUUGAUAUAUACUAAGAGAUGUUUGCCAAACAUCAGGAGUUGAACUUCGCGUAAUUAUGUUUUCUAUUUAUCGGAUGAUUGGGGUGUGAGGGGGUUCUCCGCCAGGCGAUUGUGCUAUUCUUGAAGCUCGAUGACUGCAUUUCUUGCGUUUUCUGAAGCAAAUUCGUAAAAGAAUUGCACUAAUAUUUCUGACAAUUUGCUAUUUCGCCAAGGCAAUCCUUUAAGUUGAAAGGGCAGCUUGGCCCCCCUUGCCCCUCCUAGUAAAGGGCAACGGGGACGGCUGCCCCUCCUGCCCCCAGUUCAGGCAUGCCGGACUCUCCCCCUGACAAGUAAAAUCGUCUGGCGUCAGACAGAAUAGAAUAAUCUGGCGUUAGACAAAGUAAAAUAAUGGAAGGAUUAAUUGAAUUAUUGUACAAAUUUUUUGCAGACUUGAAAUCUUGCCAGCCCUUUGGUUUUUAGUUUUGGAAGCUUUCUUUUUAGGAAAAUUCUUGUUCAUCUUGCUAACAAGAAUUUCCUUUGUUAUCCAAGGUGUUAUAUAUUUUUCUUACCAACCUUACAAGUUUUAAGCGGAGCAUGUUUAUCAAUAAUUUCAGGAAAUUUGUUCUUCCAGAUGUACUACAGUGGGUUUGGAUCAGUGUAAGAUAGUAAGAUUCAAAAUGUAUUGAAAUAAUUGUUAAAUUGUCCUUAAAAUCUCAAGAUUCAAUAAAUUGUUCCUCCCUAAGUAAGUAGUGAUCAUUGAAUUUUUUUAAUACCAUAUGUCAAGUAGUGAUCACUAAUUGUUAUUUUUUAAUCUCUCUCUGAAACAAUAUUUUGUUUCCUAUUGGUAUAGAAAUGGUCAAUUAAUUAAUGACUUCGAAAAAAUAGUUUCUCUUGUACGUUUGUCUGUUGAUUGUUUGUAUUGAUACAAGGUGGUUACAUAGUCGAAGUUGAGUUUUUUUUACAAUGUCUGAAAAAAAAGCUCUGGUAGAUGAGAUAAUGCUUUUGAAGGAUGUUAUGCACAACCAGAGGUCAUCAGAUUAUCACUUAGACGAAAGAGUCUUUGGCUUGAUUACAGCAAUGCAAGGAAAAGCAGUUAUCACGCUCAUCCCAUUAAAAUCACAUUUUGUGUUGAACAAGCCAUUGAUGAUGGUGGCCCGAGGCAAGAGUUUUUUUCAGGUAUGAGAAUAUUCCAUUUUAAGGAUUCAUAUUAAUAGGUUUUCCCUGGAAAUAUGACUGACUAUCCAUUUAAUUUGUAUACCCUUGACUUUUCAUGUACUAAUUACAAAAUCAAUGCUAUUAUACUCAUGUGCAUACAAACCAAUUAACCCAUUGAGUGGCAGCAUCGCCCCGACCUAAAAUUGCCUAGUAUUAGACAGAGUAAAAUAAUAAAGUAGGGCGCAUCUGGGCAGAUUGCCACUUACAGGGUUAACAUAAAAGAUGGCUACUGCAUAGCAGGAUAACCAAUGCAGAUGUUAAUAGCCAGAGACAGACCAGGUUUAAUCAUUUUAUUCUGCCUAAUGCUAGACAGUUCAAUUUUUUUGCCUACCUGGCAUGAGUAUACUGAGAGUAAAAUGUAUGUCAAAAACUGGUGAAUGUAGCAUUUGGGGUCAGAGUCUGAAAUUUGCAGUAGCUAUUAAGGGUCUGAAAUUUGCAGUAUCCCAAUAUUCACGGGAUGCUAAAAUUUGGUUUUGGAUUACAGACUGUGAAUGACUUAUAUCCCAACUGGAUACUAAGAAAAUUUCAAACAUUGAUAGCUUUUGAAUACUGUCUAUGAGUUUGCCACCAAAGCCUUUCCUCAUAUAAUGUGCAUUAAUUAAUGAAUUGUCUAGUUGUUGGCGACUUGACUGUUGAAUCACCUGUUGUUAUUAUUGUAAUUUGUAACAGCGAGAGUUAUUGGAUGGGACAGGGUAUAAUACUUAUGGUAACCAGUAUCCAGAAGUGCGAUACUGCAUUCUCAGGGGGGUACUAAACUUUGAAUCCUGGUAUCCAAGUUGGAUACUGAAAAGAUAUAUAUUUAAAUUUCAGACCCUGCUAUAUCUCAAUAUCACACAGGAUACCAAAAAUUUGGUUUUUGGAUACCAAACUGUGAAUAAAUUGUAUCCCGACUGGACACUAAGAAAAUAUCAAACAUUAAGAAAAUGUUAAAUUAAUCACCUUUGUUGGGCUCCUGAUAGCUUUAAUUUGAAAACUGUCAGUUUGCCACUAGUCUUUCCUCUAGAUAUAAAAGAUAUAGUCUAUGGUACUGGUAACUAGUAUCUAGAAUUGGGGUACUGGAUUCUCAGGGGAUAGUAAACUUUGAAUCUGGUAUCCCAGUUGGAUACUGAGAAAAGUAUAAACUUCAGACCCUGUUUGGGGUGUUACAAUACAUAAGUGCUAUUAUUUUUAGAACAACAUACAGUAGCUACUGUAACAUCAACAUAUGAUAUAUAUUACGUUUACACAGUUAUGUUGGAGUACUGCAGAUCAAGGCUUUUCUCGGAAGGAAUUCCCAUAAAUUCAGUAAUGGCCUUAGCAAAUGAAGAUUUUAGAGUGCCAGGAGAAUUGAUGGCAAUGUCGAUUGUGCAAGGUGGACCAGGGCCUUAUCUUUUUUCUUCUGUGAUAUACAACAUCAUAAACAAGGACCUUGCAAUUGAGGACUGUAAGAGUAGUUUUAUAAAGGACACAUGCCAAAAGGUUUGUCAAAAACUAAACACUUUCACUUUAAAGGUACUGUAGUGUACCGUCUGUAUGUAAAUUAACAUGCUUACAUUUCGGUAUUCAAAAUAUUGAACUUUAUUCAACAACUAUUUAUAUUUUCAUGCUUCUACAGUAUAGUAAAAAUCAAGCUACAACAAUCAGGCUUUGCAAGAACAUAAAAUGAAAUAAAAACCUAAUUAAUUUAAAGUGUUUAUAUCACGGCAGGAGACUCCUAUGUGCGCAUGCGCAGACCGGACUGUACCCUAUAUUUAACCCCAUUAAGUUGGCAUGGCUAUUCCUUAGUAAGAGGAACAAAAUCAUCUGGGACUAAGUGCAUUGCCACUUAAGGAGUUAACCCAUUUAAGCUGCAGAACAUCCCCACUGACGAGUAAAAUUGUCUGGCGUUAGACAAUGAUCCAGUUAUUGAUUAACCCAUUGAGCCGCAAUGCACCCCAGCUAGUGCACCCUACUUUCUUACUACUUACGGGGGAAGCUCUGCAGUUUCAUGGGUUAAUAAACUUAUUGACUUUACCAAUCUUAGCAAUCUAUUCUGACAAUAAUACAUUGAGCGGCAGAGCCCCCCCCCCCCCUUACAAGGAAAAUUGCCUGGGCAUUAAGGCGGUUAUCCAGUCCUCGCACGAAGCUCCUUGCAGCUCGCUGCGAGUGCUUGCAUCUAAUAAAAAUUAACUGUUUAGCAUUGUGAUUGGAUGAAUGUGCUCAUGCAUGCACUCGCAGUGAGGAGCUUCAUGCAAGGGAUGGAAAUCCGCCUUUCGGCAAGUGAAAAAGGUAGGGUGCACUGGAGCUUGCACAUUGCCACUUAAUAGCUAAGUUUACUGUUAUUUGAUUUCCGUUUAAUGAAGUUAAUCGAUGCCAGUGAUAAUGAAAUUAAGGGAAUCCUAAUGGAUGACAAAGUCCUUGACAUUCUUGAAACAGUUGGAUAUAAUGGUGUACCUUCUCGAGAAAACAAAGACUCUGUAAAGAAAAUCAUUGAGUAUGUAUUAAAAAUUAAUAUGGCCACGUUAUAUUUAGCUCCGUUGAAAUCUACAUUAUUAAUACUUUUAAUAACUUCUUUGGAAUCGUGGUACGGUUUAAAAUACCCUAGAUCUAUCACAGAACCUUUCAGGGAUGUCGAAACUACAAAUUCAACGGCGCAUCAGCAACUAUUCUUGCCUUUUUCAAAUUCUUUAAUGACAGCGAAGCGAAUGUCGAAUAAAUCGAAGCUUCGAUGCAGACAGUUCAGAUGGCAUAAACAUGGCUAUAUUAGCCUAGCUGUACCCGACUCGGAACCUGUUAUCAAUAUAACCAUAUACAUGGACAUUUCGCUUAAUCCUGGCCCAGAAACUGGGAAUGACACAGUAUGUAAUUUAAGUUUGAACGGAAGAAAGACGGCAUCUUGUAUUCAACCGCAGCAUGCUGUUGGUAGCCGCUUAUCUUUCUCUCCGGACAUGUCGACGAGCUUACGCCGUAACUUGGAGUGUCGUACACACAUGGCUUGCUCCCAAUUCCUGACAGACCUCGAGAAUUCAGGCUUAUUGCAUUGUUAUGGGAAGGCUGGGAGACAACAAGAAAAUAUACUAUCUGAUUAUAAAAAGAACAACAUUGAGACCCUCGUCACGCAUCGACCACCAUGCAAAUCUGCAUAUGCACAGAAUAGAACAGUAAAUGAAAACAACAUAAUAAACAUAACACUGCUCCCUGAUACUCACGCUGCAGAUAUUAACAACAAUAGGAUCGGUGAACUGUUUACACUAUGUGUACUUAAUGCACAGUCACUUAACAACAAGGCUGCUCAAUUUAUCGACUAUGUUGUUGAUUGCAAAGCAGAUAUUGUAUCACUCACUGAAACUUGGUUUACAAACACUGAGUCGGCUACUAGAGUAUUGUGCACGCCAAAUGGAUACAAUCUCCUCGACCACCCCCGCUCUAAUCGUGUAGGUGGUGGGACAGGAAUUUUAUUUAAGGAGAAUAUUACUGUCAAAAAACUGGCUGCUGGCGAACUUCGUUCCUUUGAAUACUCUGAAUGGAGCGUUGUUAAUGGAUCUCGCCGCCUACAUUUAAUAAUUGUGUAUCGACCACCGUACUCAGACGCUCAUCCGGUGACUACAAGUGUAUUUUUCUCCGAGUUUACCAACUUCUUGGAAUCAAUUACCUUUGUCCAACGACCCUCUCCUAAUAACGGGUGA